AUGCUUAGGAUUUGGCUUUUACCUCUGAAAAGAGAGAUGCUUCUCUUAGCAUGUCUGUGCCUUGUGCUUAGCUUUUUGGAAGGAGUGAGCUGUGAGUGUCCUUCACAGUGCGCCUGCAGUUAUCAAGGCAGAAAUGAUGGCACAGGAUCAAGGUUGGUGCUGUGUAAUGACCUGGAUAUGAAUGAGGUCCCUACAAACUUCCCUGUGGACACCGAGAAGCUUCGCAUAGAGAAGACAGUCAUCCGUAGACUCCCCGCCGAGGCCUUCUACUACCUGGUGGAGCUCCGGUACCUCUGGGUGACUUACAACUUCGUGGCCAGCCUUGAUGCCAGCAGCUUUUACAACCUGAAGCAGCUGCAUGAGUUGCGCUUGGGGGGGAAUGCUCUGGCUGCUUUCCCCUGGGCGUCUCUGCUCGACUUGCCCCAUCUGAGGACCUUGGAUUUGCACAAUAACAGAAUAACCAGUGUGCCAGCUGAGGCAGUCAGGUACCUGAAGAACCUUGCCUACUUGGAUUUGUCAAGCAACAGACUAACCACAUUGCCACCAGAUUUUCUGGAGAGCUGGUCGCAUUUGCUGACAACACUGUCUGGAAGCCUGGACCUUUCACCACGAAGAAUUAUUCUUGGUCUGCAGGACAACCCUUGGUUCUGUGACUGUCACAUUUCUAAAAUGAUUGAGCUGUCAAAAGUUGCUGACCAUACUGUAGUGCUUCUUGACCCACUGAUGAUUUGUCGUGAACCUGAGCACCUGACCGGGAUUUCGUUCCAGCGCGCUGAGCUGGAGCAGUGCCAGAAGCCGUCGGUGAUGGCCUCAGCCACGCAGAUCACCUCUGCUCUGGGCAGUAACGUUCUGCUGAGGUGUGAUGCCACUGGCUACCCAACCCCACAGCUCGCGUGGAGCAGAUCUGAUGGCUCACCUGUUAAUUAUACAGUAAUUCAAGAAUCUCCAAGGGAAGGUGUCAGAUGGUCCAUAAUAAGCUUGACAGGCAUUUCUUACAAGGAUGCUGGGGAUUACAAAUGUAAGGCCAGAAACCUGGCAGGGAUGUCAGAAGCUGUGGUUGCUGUGGCAGUGGUUGGUGUCGUCACGGCCACCAUAUCAUCAGAUACUUCCGCAAGGAGACCCAGAGAUCCUCCUGAGCCAGUGGUCCAGCCGGGAUCUAGAAGGUCAACAUCUGCACCUCAUUCAUUGUCAUCCCCUUGGCUUUCUUCCUCCUCUUUUUCUCCCCCUGCUUCUUCCAAUUUUUUUUCCACUUCCACUUUGUCUCCUCCCUCUACUGCUUCCUUCUCGUUAUCCCCUUUCUUCUCCAUUGUUUCUUCCACCACAAUUCUAAGCACCAGAAUUUCAACCAGCACCCCAGUGGCCAGCUGGCAGUCAUUUCAGCUCCACCCAGAUGGAAAAAGAAAUGUAAAGGUGGAGAUGGGUGGAAGCAAGCUUCUGCCAGCUAGUGCAAGUAAAAAAGGAGAGUUGGCAUUAUUGGAUCAAGCAAUGCCAAGGGAGACAAAUACCACAGUAGAGAAUCUCAGGGUCAUCAGCAAGGCUGAAGACAGAGUGACUCUGAUGUGGAACACCGUCAAUGCCACGCAUGGCUCUGAAGUGACGGUGCUGUAUUCCAAGCAUGGUGAGAAGGACCUGUUGCUGCUGAGUGCAGACUCCAGCAAGAACCAAGUAACCAUAGAAGGCUUGGAGCCCGGUGGGCAAUACAUAGCAUGUGUCUGUCCAAAAGGAGGGCCUCCCCGGAAUGACCAGUGUGUCACCUUUUCCACUGACAGAAUUGAAGAUGAAGGUGCCCCCCAAGGGUCUUCUUUCCUUGUGGUGGCGAGUGGUGCUGCCUGUGUGCUGGUCUUGCCAUUGAUCUUUUUCUUGUUGUACAAAGUUUGCAAGCUGCAGUGUAAGUCGGAGUCCUUCUGGGAAGAGGAUUUGGCAGAAGAGACUUAUAUCCAAUUUGAGACCCUGUCCCCAAGGUCUCAAAGUGUAGGGGAACUUUGGACGCAAAGGCACAGAGAUGAUUCAGAAAGAUUGCUGCUUUAUUCUAGGUCAAGUGUGGAGUCUCAGGUGGCUUUUAAAAGUAAAGGUUCCAAACCAGAGUAUUACUGCUAAGGUUUUAUAGCUCAGGCACAUGUGGAUGCCACAAAAUUAAGGACCUGAGUGAGUGUGUGGCUUGACCCUCUCUUUGGAUGACUUUGGGACAGAUUUUCACAGUCUGUAUGAAAAUCACAAAUGGAGUGCUUUUAAUUGUGUUUAAAAAAUAUCAUAAGGCUUCUGGACUGAAAAGAUAAUCUUGAUUUUUGUCAUGUAGAAAAUUUCCAUAGAAAUAAUUUUUAGGGUCCCAGGUUUAGUAAAUUUUAUGGUAAUGUUUUAGUUCCUAAAAAUAAAUUCAUGGGAAAAUAGUUGUAAAAAAGUGAAGUUUGAAUUUACACAUGUAACUUUUGGGCAGUGAAGAAAGAUUAGCAUGACCAGCUAAGCCUUGAUGAUCAUUCACAUUCAAAGUGCUUUAUACCUUUACUGUGGACAUAGCUUGUGGAUGAGAGGGGGUAGUACAGAGGUUUGUGCUCACUAAAAGGCUAAAUCCAACCCAAUGGAGGGGACAGGCUCCAGCUCUUGGUACCAUUAUGCAGUACAGUAUCGUCUAGUUGUAUUCCUAUUGCAGGCAAGAAAAAAAAUUAUCUUGUCAUUAGAAAUAUAGGUAUUAGUAAAAAUAAAUUUUAAAAGGGGAUAAACAGUAAGGCCAUUUUCAAAAAUAGUAACAAUUGCAUUCCAAUACAUCUGCUAAAAGGACUGUAUGGAUCUUUUUUUUUUAAUGUGAUCAUUUUAAAACAAUCUCUUUAACAUUUUGAUGUUUACUCUUCUUUUCUCCCUCAUUCCUUCCCCUACACCUUCCUUCAUUGUUUUUUUUUUCUCUUUGGCUUUGUCAGAAGAUAUUCAUAGCCAACAGACCACAGCUAAGCUAUUUGUCCUUUGCCAUGUUUUAUUUUGAUUUCUUGGAGAAAGGGAAGAACUUUGAAAGUUGUUUUUAGAUCCAAAAGGGAUGUUUUAGUAUUUUGAAAGAGUGGUUUCAACUGAUUCACUUGGUCAAAGUUUCUAGGUUAAAAAACAUCAGGGAAAUUGAAUUGGACUGGGUCACAUGACUGGAUAGGAUAGGAAAGGGGUUUAGUUUUUUAUUUUCAAUAAGUUUUUCAUCAUGUUUCUGAAGGAUUAUAGUCCUUUAACAGUAAAGACUUUGCAGUACAGAACAGACUUAUUAAACAUGUGUCAGGAGUCCUGAAAUAUUCUGAGAAAUUACUAUAUUUUGCAUAAGAAACAGAUAGGCUUUAAUGCAACACAUUGUGGAAACUAUAAUACAAGCAACGGUAGAAUAAAAAAUUGUUCAUUCCAAAUGCUCUUAAUUAAAAAGAAAAAAGGAAAACAUACCUGGCAAGGGAGAUACCAUGAUUGCAAAGAUGGUUUUCCCAGGGCGAGGCUUACCCAGUGCACUCUGGAUGUGCUGACCCCUGAGAUUUCCCCAAAGGUGGGAAACUCGACUGAAUAAUUUGUGGUGGGGGCGGGGGACUGCAUUCAUGCUUUCUCCUGUAAACAACAGAAGAAAAGAAAAAGAAAAAGGGAAUUCUAGUUUAGCUAUAAUCUGCAUUCUAGAAGACCAGCAUGGAUGGAUAGCUUGCCUCGCACUCCCCAAUUUCUCCUUCUUGUAUAAUUUCCUUCCGUGUCUAACCUUUUGGUGGUGCUUUCAUCACUGAACGCAGUGUCCAGUGAUCUAACAGCAUUUAGUUCAGUAUUCAUUGUUAGGAUUUGUUAGAAAAAUGCCUUUGGCAGACAAUUUUGUGUUUAGCCUCGUUAUGUUAGAUCACCUUAUUUUAGAUUAAAAGACUGCUAAAGCUUGCAUUUCUUAUUCUAAAGACAUCUGGAGUUUCACUGCCGUAUUUCAAAGGCUCAUAUAAACAGGCUGCCAAACUGCUGUCACAUUAGUAACAGUAUGAAUGGGGGAGAAUGUUAACAGGCUUCUGAGCCAAAUGCACCCAAAUUGUCCAAAGACAGGUUGUUUGUCAAGAAAGGAGACUUGGACCAUCCUGAUGAGAUAAAUUGCUGACUAUCCUCACAAUCAAAACCAAGUGAGGCCUGGACCUACUUUGGACCAACGAGGAAAAGCUAGGUGCUGGUAUGGGAGAGAGAAAGCACCUUUGUUAUCAUCCACCUGGUCUUGGCACAUGAGGCAAGUUGCAAAGUAACUUGUUACUCUUAGUGAAAGAACCCAAAUUGUAAAUCAUUUACUUUAAAAAAUGCAUACAUUUUGGUGUAGCCAAGGUUAUCCUGAUGACAUCGUUGCUCUUAUGGCCUUACAAGUAUGCUUUCUGGAGUAGGAGAGACCGUUCAAUGUUACAGCAAGCAGCAUAGAAUUCUGCAUGACCAACAGCCUGUUUAUCAAUGUCAGCAUGAGCAAUGUGGAGAGCAAUCAUAACUGACACAUAGCCAAUGUAUGUGGCAAUUGAAUAUGAUCAUGUUUUAUUUUCAGACAAAGUGUGUUGGAGAGUUGUAAAAUGGGGUACACAGUGAGGGCGUGCCAUGUGUGAGACUAUCAGUGAUGUGCUAUGACAUAAAAAAUGUUGAAAAAUCCAGCUAACAGUUUAUGAUCACCAGAAAAGUGAUGCCCUGGAUUUUGGAGUCAGACAAAUGUCCUGAGCUUUGGGGAAACUUUUACAAAAAGUUCAAAGAAGAAAAACACUUUUGCCCCAUGGACUUGAGUCUUAGAAAGGGCUUAUGGUUAACAAAAGGGAGAUUUUUAAAAGCCCCCAAAGUUCUAGCUGAAUAAUUGUUAAGUAAUCAGAUAAAAUGGGAGACUGCUCAGGAAAAUUAAAUGACUGUCUACUAAUCUGAAAUUUCAAAUGUUAUGUAUAAAAGAUACAAAGAAGGAGAGUAACCAUUGGUGAAGAUAGAAAUGUAGCAAAUCUAUGAUAAAAGUAUCAUAAAUUAAAGACCCUAGUAAACUAAGGAUCAAAAAAAUGGUGAAGCUGACCAGAAGGAAAUGUAAGGCUUGUUUUUUUUUUAGUCCAAAAAAACAAGGAAAUAAUAAGUCUAUUGCUUAAAGAUGAUAACAGAAAGUAUAUCAGAGAAGUAGCAGAAUCAUUCAACACUUUUUCUCCCUUCUCUUUUCUAGAUGGGUUUUUAAACUGAAUAAGGAGAAGAAACUAUGAAAAGUGAGAAUUUCGACCCAAGGUAGAUGAGGGAUUAAUAGGAUAACUCCAGGAUAUUUAAAAUGAGGCCCCAUGAAUUACAUGCCAGAGUGGUAGCAGAAUUUUCAGCUAUAAUCUCAGAGCUACUGUUCAGUAGUCUUGAAAAGUCAUGGCAAAUAGGAGAGAUACCACAGACCACCAGUGGGCAAUUUUCAUCUUUAUUUUUGAAGAGGGAUAAAGGGUGGACCCUGGAAAUUAUAAACAAUUUGAUAUAUGUUUGCAGAAUUGACAACGGAUUGUUAAAAGGCUCGUUUUUGAGCAUGCAGAAAUGUGUGUUAUGGUCAUUACCAACAAAUGUCAACUAAGGAGAAGCUUUGAUAAACCGAUACUUUGUUUUAAUGAUACUAGGCAAAUAGGUCAAAGGACUGCUUGAAAAUCAAACAGCAGCUUGCUGUUGUUAUUUGUCUUGACAUGAUGGAAUAAUAUGAGUUACCUUUGCUCAAGAAUGUCUAGUAAUGGCUUUAAAUAACAUGAGAAAGUGUCUAGUAGGGUGCCUGUACCCUAUUCUAUUUAGCAUUUUUGUAAACGACUGGAUGACAUAGACGUCUCAACUCUACAGAGGACAUGGAAAUAGACAGGGUAUCUUAUAUCAGUGCUUCUCAAACCUUUCCAUGGAAUAUUCCUAACAGAAGGGGAAAGUGAGUAUAUACAUUUGGAGAAACCAGAACAGUUGUCUCAAGUGGCUGCCAGAAGAGAGACAUUUCUCUAAAUUAUUUUGUCUUAAUUAAAACCAUUUGAAUUUCCACUCUAAACCAUAAUUUUUUAAAAAAGAAAGGAUUCUCCCUCUAAUCAGUCUCAUUUUUUAAGGCAAUAUCGGCAUUUCUGUGCCUGUGAAUAGCUUGGCACAUAUUCCCCCAGAGGUGAUCUGCUUAUCUUUACCCAAGUCAAUGAUAAAAACCUCAGAUAGAAUUAGGAUAAAGGACAGAGACCUGCGGCUCUCUAUUGGAAACUAUUUCAUGUUGCCUCAAGCUGCCAAUAAAUGCAUGUAUAUGAUAGGUGAAGAAACCAGAUCUUGAAAAUUAUCUUAAUAAGAUGGCGUAUUACCAGAAUUAAAUUUAAUAGAGAUAAAUAUAAAAUUUUGGAUUAGCACAAAUAUGGAUUUUGUAGUGAAAAACAUCUGUGAUUUUAGUUGAUUACAGUCAUGCUAUGAACCAGCGGAGUUUUGUAAUUGCUAAAAAUAUUACCAUUAAUUUACUUUAAUAUGAACAGUAGUUAGAUCAAGUAAGGUAAGAGUCCCUCUGUAAUCUGCAUUAAUAAACCAUUUCUAUGGGAGCAGGUUUAAUUUUGGGUGCCAAAUUUAAAUAGAGAUCUUGAUAAAUUACAGAGCAUCCACAGGAAGGCAACUAAGAUCACCAAGCAACUAGAAACUUUAUUAUGCAAGACAGGAUGGGGAACCUGGAGCACAGCUAUGGGGACAUGAAUCCAGCUUAGUGCAGCCCAUGGCACUAACUGUUGCCCUAGAACACCAUGCUCAGGAGCCUCUGCUUACCUUGGUAAAAUGGGGACUACUGGGUUCUACAGGUAGAACUUUCAGUUAGCUGCCCGGGGCUUGGGAAACUGCAUUUUGACACUUGACCCAGGGGAACCAUGCAGGUGACGUAAACACUUUGAGGAAUACUGUUCUAUCAGUGGAUGUAGAAGCAAUAUUGAAAUUACAAAGAAGGAGAAUGGUUCCACAUUAAAGAAAACUACAGCUUUUUGGGGGGCAACAACCAGAGUUGGAAAACAGUGGAGUAAACCAUACUGCAAUAAUAUUACUUAUGAAAUUCCUGGCUAUUUCACGAGUCAAGGAUGAUGCAAAAGGGACACUGAAGGACAUUGUAGACUAAAAGCCUGCUGAUCAAUUGUUUGGAUUAUAGCAGAAAGAAAGAAAAAUUAAUGAAACUACAUUCAUUGGUUUCAGUGGAAAAAGAAUGUUACUUGUAUUGAUAAGUAACCUCUUUGUUUAAUUAAUAAUGAAAUUGAUUUUGUAUACAAACACCUGACUCUUGAUUUGUUUAAAUAGUGAAAAUAAUUAGACUAUAUUCCUGGUUCAUAUGUUUGUGUUGUCUUCUAUUUAUGCAAUUAAUUUCAACCAUGUGGCUGGAUGAAAGAGUCAUUGUAUUUUUCUCCUCUCCAGCAUAGGGUAUAACACUGAUGAUUCAGUCCUUGAUUAUUCAGGA